AUGUCUGAGAAGAAGCGUAAGAGGCAUGAAGAGAGGCCUGAUGGGCGACCUUCCAAGAAGAUUGCGGCAGAACGCCCUUCUCAGAACAUUAAAGUCUCCGUGAUCGAAGACGGCGAUGAGUGGGUGCCUGUGCUGGCGUCUACGCCAGGCCUUAACAUAUCCUCAAACCUCUCCAUGAAACCUUACACAAAAGCCAGACAAGACGCUUCUACACCCUCUUUACCAAUUCCAGAGCUUCUGCUACAUUCUUCUGCGCACCCUACGCUCGAUUUUAUAGCACGCGAAGAGUCUUCCAAUAGGUCAGAAAGUCACUUGAAGCACUACAUUGGAGUCUACGACCCAGAGACUGGGAAACUGCAGCUUGUGCAAUCACGGAAACUGGUUAUCCGGAGCACUCUGCGCUCAUCUGAACAUGACGAGAAGGGCAGCGAUAGUGAGAAAGAUGCACCGACCAACCUGUCCGCUCGCUCCAAUCUCGGCCUCGCCUUCGGCACCAAGAAGUCACAGAAAGCUAUCCGUGCCCUUACUGCCAAUGCCAUCAAGGCUUCUCCUACGAAAUCGAAGUCCCAGACCUCUGGAACAGGUCGAGCUCUUGAUCCUCUUGCCUCCGCUGUUGUGUCGUCAAUGACCCAAUCCACAUCGUCUAUGCCUUCUCGGGAACAGAUGCAGGCCGACAUCGAUGAAAACAAGCCCAUACCAAAGCCAAACUUGGCCGCUGAGACGCCGGCCGAGGUCUAUCCAGUCGAGCAGCUUGUUGGCGGUACAAAUGUUCUGAGGAAUAUGAACGUGCAGGAGUUGAUGGACAAAGUGAACGCUGGGGAGACCGUGCAAACGAAAAGUCUAUUCGUCAGCAGACGAUUGAGAGCCGUGGUGCAGAGCGCUGAUGUUAAGACGGUGAGGACGCUGACAUAUAUGCUGUUAUUGUUGGAGUGGCAAAAGGGCCUGAAGCUGGGUCCCAGAGCAGCAAAGAAGGUGCCGAGAGACGAAGAAAUGGGACCCUUGAUAGAGCAGUACGGGAGUGAGGUUGUGCGUGGGGUCGGGAGGAGAUUUACUGACCGAGGCGAGCUCAACAAAUGGCAUUCGGACAACCUCAUAACGCAUAUCUGUGCCCUGGCGCUCACCAUCGACAAUUUUGAAACGGACAUGCACGACAUCCGCGAAGACCUGAAGCUGGAAGCCAAGGAUGUUCAGAAAUACUUCAAAGAACUUGGGUGUGCUGUCACUCCGCCUACAGAAGUGGAGAGGGAAAGGUUGAAGAUCACCAAGGGUGAAGGAGUGGGCCAUCGCAUUGCGAGGCUGAGACUGCCAUUAGUGUUUCCAAAGAUAAAAGGACCAAUGGCUGGAAAGAAGAAGAAACGAUAG